AUGCAGCGUGAUAAGUAUAAUCCAGUUAUGCAGAACGAGAUUGCACACGUCAGCGAUAGUGAUGCUCACAAAGCAGCCGGAGUUCAGACGGCUUCAGAGUUGGACCCGGAAGGUUUUGGGGGUAAGAAUUCGCAUGAUGAGCUCGUGGGUCCUCGGAAAGUCAGAACGAUAAACAGACCUGCGAUCACACCGUUCGUAAUUUAUGGCUUCAUCUUGCUGUCGAUAUUCUUUGGAAGUUUGGGUUUCUGGAUUCAGGGACGGAAGAAGCCAAUUUUCUUCUCGCUCAAGGAUACAAAAUGGAUGUUUGCGAACCCAAAAACAAACACCAUUUUGUGGACUGCCAUUGCGUCGAUAAUUGCAUGGCUCACGGUAUGGGUAUACGCAUGUACCAUCAGUUUGAUGGCCCGGAAACUCAUCAUCAAGGGAGCCAAGAUCUCCACUAUUGAAAGUUGGGUGAAGCUAUCAAAUCAGGGUACAAUGUUCGACAAGCGCCGCCCUUGGUUGUCGCUGUAUACCGUACUUUCGGCACUGGUGACGGCUGCCCUCACAGUGGGUUUUGCGGGUCUGUUGACCCCGAUAUCGCUGAUCAAGAUGAACCCGCUAUCUGGGACAGAACUUGAUAUGACGAAGUCAACCUUUUGGGACUGGUAUUUCGAUUCUACCAACAGGACUGUUAUAGGCUGUACCUGGUGGCCGUAUACAAAUAAUCAGACGGGUGCGAGCUAUAUGUUCUCGACAUGUCCUUAUAGGGACGAUACUUCUAUGGCUCUUCAAGCCGGGCGUGCAGCUGUGGAGCAGGGCCUUGGCCUAAAAUCCAUUACAAAGAUCGGAGAUGUAAAUUUCAACGGAACAACGGGUGGAACGCUCCCUGUCGGAAGAAACGGGUUCAGGGCUUUUGAUGACAUCGAUUACUUCCUGGAUGAAAAGCCAUUCCCACCUACUUACAACUACUCCAUGCUACUCCAAGGAUCCACUGUGGAUGUUACCUGCGAGCAGAACAAUACGUCGCCGAUAUCUCAAGUCAUAAUAAAUACCAUACCAACAAAGAUUACCUCGGGCCCAGAUAUCAACCCGGGUAGUAUUCGUAAUUAUACACACACCAGAUAUGAUUUCAACCAUACUUAUAGUUAUGGCAGGUGUCAAUACGACUAUAACUUCGAACUCAUGGUCCCAGCUGCCGGAAACGUUAUGACUAUUAUGUGUCCCAGUUUAUCCGCAAAUGGGCCUGGCUACUACAUAUUUUUUCGCCCCUUUGGGGUCUACGAAACCGAUGAUUAUAAGAAGUUCCAGAAUAUCACUUGCCGAGUUGAACCCCGCGUUACAAUCAAUAACGUAACGUACUCUAGUGUCACUAAUGACUUCACGUCUCGCAUUGUCGAAACAUUGGAUACACCCAACAUGUCGCCUACCGACUCUGAAGCCCUCGAUGCCAUCUUCCAAGUAUUCUGGUACGGCAUUUCUAUCGGCGGAAACAUGAUUGCAGACAGCAUUCUCUCGCUCCGUCACCAAACGGGUGAUGACAAGAGGCAGACUAUGGGGGAAAGUCUCGAGAGCCUCAUUAAAGGUUUCUACGAGAUAGAGAUGACUUCUCUGCGGUUGUACUACUCGGCGAGUCAUGCACCAGGAGAGAGAAAUAUCACCGGGGAUCUAUCGCAUUACCGUAUGGGCUACAAUGGCGCAAUCGUAGCACUGUAUGCACUCGUGCCCUUGAUCUGUGUGGUUAUCAUGGCUUUCACGUACCUGUGGUACGGGUUGCGUGUGGGCGGCGAGUUAUACGAAUUCAACCCAACCAGCACUACCAGUCUGCUGGUUGCUAGUAGUCAGGGUGGUCUUGACCUGGGUGGCCGAACGACUCCCCAGGCUGACAAGUAUCCGGAUGAGGUAAGUGUGCAGAACGUCAAGAUCAAGUUUGCAGAGCUGCCGCAUGGGGCUCUUGGUUUGACUCUUGACGAUAAGUACGCUCCUCCGCCUAUGAAAUCUCCGUCGCCUGGGGGACCGCGGGCGAGGAUACGGGCUAUGACAAGUAUGGUGUAG